AUGCGGCGGCAGAACGCGCUGUGCAUUGGGGGAUUUGCGCAGUUCUGUGAUGCUUGGAACUUGGUGUGGCGACCCAAGAGUGGUCUCGAGCCCUUCUCACAAGCUGCGGUCGCCUGGGAGGAAGUGUUGUAUCCCGCGCAUUUCCUCAACAAAAAGUUGGGCCGGCUUUUCGCCGAGGCCUUGGCGAUCAGCAGCUCCAUCGCUGCCUUGGUGGCAAGCCCCUACGAAGAGGUGGAUGCCGUCAGCGAGGCCGAGGCCUCAGUCGCUGACAGCGUCGGCAGCGAAGCCGACAGCUGGCAAGAUGCAGAAGUUCUGACCUGGCGAGCAUCGACAGCUGCGGGAAUGGCCAGAGCGGCUCUGGCUGCAGACGAGGACGAUCCGGAGGAACUGCGCAAUGCGCUGAUGGCCUUGGAGUCUGAGCGUCAGGAGUUGGGGGAGUUGGGUGUGAAGGCCGAGUCGGCGCCUCCGGACCCUGGGCAAGUCGAUGCUCCGGCAUUGGCGUCGCUGGCCGAAGAGAUCGAGGUUCGGCUGGGUGCACUGCGUGAGGAUGCAACCGUCCUCCUCGACGGGAUAAUGUCCGAGGAUGCGAACUCGGAGGCCGCCCCCGACUUGGCAUCUUUGGCAACCACCAGAGAUCUCCGCAGCGAGUCCUCAGUGGACUCCGCAGAAGAGGCGAUCGAAGUUGCAACAACGCUCGGAGUCGACACAGGCGCAGCCGAAGAGCGGCUGGCCAGUGUGCGGCGAAUGCUCAGCGUUCGUGUGGUGUGGGAUACGGCCGUCCGCUUCUUCCUUUUGCCCCUUCGUGUGAGCUUCAAGGCUCUCGUCCAGCAGGUCGCUGUCCGCUUCCGGCUGCCAAAGAAAGCGCCGCCGCUGCAGCUCUGCUGGCGAGAGGCCGAGGAGUGCUACCCUCUCGAUGGCGAAGCUGCCUGGGAGGAGUGCCUCGCACGGCGGGGCCUCGCGGAGCGUCCGGGGCGCCUAGAACUCCAGGUGCUCAACCGGUCCAAGCCACCGCAGAGGAGAAGGAAGGCCGAAGUUCCUUCGAAGGGAGCCGGAGUUGACGGAGUCGCAGUCGCCGGUCGGCCAAGUCCUCUGGAUGUCUCCAGGACUGGGCCAGCUGAUGCCAUGUUCCUGAUCACCGGCACGCAGGCCUUGCCCGGCCCAACUCCAACUAUGUCUGCCGAUUUUUGUAUUUCGCCAGAUCUGAGAUAUUCACCGUCGAAUGAUGCACCUCGAGGUCGCACAUACCUGACCCGCCGAAAGAAACCCAGCGGACGGGCUUGGGCGAUGUCGACCGGGAGGGAGCAGCCUGUUUCAUGGCUUGUCUGGGCCUCUGACCCUGCAAGCGGCGGAGAACCUUGGUGUUGGGCCGGUAGAAGCGCAGACCCGGAUGAGGCAGGGGCCGUCGAGACGCAGCGGCCAACAGGCUCAGGCCCACAACAUCAUUCCACAGCAUCCCGCAGCAUCCUGUGUCUUCGUGUCUUCUUUAGAGAGUCCUUGGUGCUACUUGUGCGCGCCUCAGGCGACCUCGGACUUUGCCUGGAGGGCUCGGCCGUGAAAUCCUCCAGCAUCAGAGGCAAAAGGUUCGAGCGCAUGCACUGGCAACGUGACGGAUGCUGGCCUCAAGGAGUUGAGCUAUGUCGGAUUGGUGCGUUUUUCUGCUCAUAUUUGGUCCAAGAUGGAUUUCUCAUGGCCGUGAAAGUAAGCUUUUGGAAGGCACGACUACCACAUGAGCCAAACCUGGUAUUCAUUUUGGCAUCAAACAAAAACGUCACCAGAGACCGGAGCCCGGUAUCUCUUUUCGCAGAAUACUUCGGCUGCGUCCCAGACAUGAAGUGCCAGUGCCGGGGUUUUUCAUCGCGCUCGCACGGUGAUGCACCGAGCUGGCUUGGUUCACCCGUAGCUGCAGUCAGGAACUAUGGAGCUUGA